UUUCCAGGUGAGCUUGGCUGAUCUAGGCUAAAGCAGAUGUCACGGGGAUGGGGGCCUUGGGAUUCGCGACCUCCUGGCAGUUAUCAUUUUCAGCCUCAUCCCUUUGGUGCCCCCCAUGGGAGACCUGGAAUGGGACCAAGUAGGCCUCCAUGGCAGCCGCAGUCAUAUCCCAGAGGGAAUCCAAGGCAUCCACACCAUCAACAUCGGCAGAAAAGGGGAUGGGACGGAAAUGGCUUUGAGGAAUGGGGUGGGUACAUGGCUGCAAAGAAGGCCAAACUCCAAGGUCAGUUCCAGGAGCGUCAAGGAAAGAAUGCUGCUUCCAAUUCCACCUCUGCUGCCAUCUUCUCUGUUCCAUCAGCAGAUGAACUGAAGCGCAUCAUGAUGACUCAUGGCGGGACAUAUCACCAUUAUUACAGUCGUCACCACACAACACACAUAGUUGCAACAAAUCUACCUGACUCAAAGGUACGAGAGCUGAAGGGGGAGAAAAUAGUGCAUCCUGACUGGAUCACACAUUCCCUGAAGGAAGGUCGACUCCUGGAUGACCACCCAUAUCAACUCUAUGUGCGUCCACCAGCCAACCAAGCAACCAUCAACUUCCCAAAGUUGGAUGACUCUGCCAAAGGGCUGAUGAAAGCAGAGAUUCCAGGGGCUGAGAGAAGUGGUGGGGAGGAAAAUGCAGAUUCUGCAUCAAGCAGGAAUACAGGAGAAAAAUUUACUGGUGUCAGUGGGGGUGGUAAUGCCAACAAGAAAGUUGGAUCAAGUACAAAAGCUAACACUGAUGUGUGUACUGAUGUUUCUGCUGAUGAAUAUCUUGGAAUUACUGGAUCUCAUAAACGUGAGGCCAAAAGUGAGAGCUUGCUACCACUUGUGAAUAUGCAGGACCAAGGUGUAGGUCGUGGUAUCUUGUAUGUACCUGAAAUCUCAAAAGAAGCUUCAGGAAAACCAGAUCUGCAUAGUUCAAGAGUUACUGAAAGCAGUGAAUUUAAUGGAGAAGGAUUGCCUUUUUCUGGAAGACCAAAUAUCUUGGAGAAAUGUGUAAAAACAGGUGAUGUCCUUGAUGUACAGGUAGUGAAUCCUGACUCCUUUGAUGAAGAAGUAAAAAAAUUUGGAGCAGGUAGUUCUAUGGAUUCAGAUCACCCAUUAAAAGGAAAUUGUGCCUCAGAAAGAACUCCAUUGGAAGGUGUUGCUUGCUUUAGAAUGAAAAGCAAGGAUGAAGUUUGUGUCACUGCAAUAGUCAAAGAACCCAGCAAAAAGGAAAGGGAAGCUGCAUCUCUUGAGGAUAAUGUGAACUGCAAGACUGUGGAAGAGGGUGAAGGGACUGGAAUGGUUUCCAAGCCUCUGUCUUCCACAACCAAUGAGGAUUAUGUUUUGCCUCAUUCUAAUCUUCCACAAAAUCUAAAAAUGACUAGUGAACUUGAAAUUCCUCAAAAGUCUGAGCUUUCUUUGGCAGAUGAUGAAAGUGGAGAAAAGCAUGGGAAAGAGGGAGGAAGAUCACAAGCUCCAGCUAUUGAUUCAUGUGACAAUGAGCAGGAAGUGAUGAAUCUCAAUGAAGAUGAUUGGGACUGGGAAGAAGAGAAAGUGGUUAUCAUGCCAAAGAGCCCAGAGACUGUGAAACCAUCCACAAGUCAUUCAACAAAGAGCAGCAAGGAUGCAAAUUUCCUCUCUGAAUUCUAUUCUCAUUCCCGCUUGCAUCACAUUGCAACCAUGGGAGCAAUCUUUAAGCAGUAUGUUGAUGAGAAGAGUCGACGCAAGAACCCCUCUUUCCCUGGGCUGGACCGUUUCAGGUUGUGGCUUCAAAUGCAGCCAGAGAGAGUCAAAGAAGAGGACAUAGAAUCCAGAGUCAUCAUGCAUAUAGACAUGGACUGCUUCUUUGUGUCUGUUGGAUUACGAAACAAUCCUGAUCUUCGAGGGAAGCCUGUUGCUGUGACGCACUCAAAGUCUCGUGGUCCUAUACAACCUCGAGGCCAAGAUAUUCAGUAUGAGCUAGAGUAUUAUCAGAAGAAGACCUGGGAGAAGGGGAAGAAGGUGGGAUCAUCUAUGUUGAUGGAUGAAAACCCAGGCGAGAAGGCAAAUCAACUUUUUGAUGACACAUGCUCCACAGCUUUUGUCUCUUCAUGCAGUUAUGAAGCUCGAGCAGCUGGCGUAUGUAACGGCAUGUUCCUUGGUGAAGCCCUCAAGUUAUGCCCUCAGCUUAAGACUAUCACUUAUGACUUUGAAUCCUACAAGCAAGUUUCUUACCUUCUCUAUGAUACUCUCGCUGAAUUCACUCAUGACUUGGAAGCAGUCAGUUGUGAUGAAAUGUACGUGGAUUGCAAAAAAAUCUUGAAGGACAUCAAGGCAACCCCAUUGCAGUUUGCAUCUUUUCUCAGACAAGAAAUCAAAGAAAAGAGUGGAUGUCCAUGCAGUGCAGGGCUGGGUCCAAACAUGCUGGUGGCACGCCUUGCAACUAAGGUUGCAAAGCCUGAUGGCCAAUAUCAUGUUCCAUCCUCACAAGUUGGUGCUUUCAUUGCCAACCAGAAAGCCAAUGACCUCCCAGGUGUUGGAUGGAAGUUGUCCAAGCGCCUGGACAUACUGGGCAUCAAGACAUGUCUGGAGUUACAGAAGUUAAAUGAGGGCAGACUACAAGAAGAAUUUGGAGCAAAAUCAGGGACAACACUGUAUCAUCUCUGCAGAGGAGUCGACAACCGAGCGGUAACCUCGACUCACCAGCGCAAAUCCGUGUCAGCUGAGGUCAACUAUGGGAUUCGUUUUACCAAACCUGAUGAAGUUCAGGAAUUCCUGAACCAGUUGUCUGCUGAAUUAGCUUCACGCCUCAGCAGCCUUUCUGUCAAGGCUCGUACAUUCACCUUGAAACUCAAGGUUCGAGCAUUGGAUGCUCCUGUGGAGCCUGUGAAAUACAUGGGACAUGGAGUAUGUGACAACAUUGCUCGUUCUGUUACCCUUGGAAUUGCUGCCCGAGAACCCUCCAUCAUUGCUAGGGAGGUGUGGAAACUACACUGCCAGCUGAGUGCCAUCCCAAGUGAUUUGAGAGGGAUAGGGAUCCAGGCAACCAGGCUGGAAGCUGAUGAUAUGUCUUCCUCAUCAUCAUCUGUUGCCAAGCAGCAGUCCAUCAGGGAUCUUAUGACAGCCAAUGCCAAGCCUAAGAAGUUUCAGCCACUUACAGAAGUGGGGAAAAUUGACUUUGAUGUCUUGGCUCAGCUCCCCCCUGACAUCCAAGAUGAGAUCCACAAAGAGUACCAUCUUCCAAAGAAAACAAAAGUGCAACAGGAUGGGAAGGGGCCCAUACCAAAGCCAACAGAGAAUAUCAAGAUAGGGGAACAGGAGAAGAAGAAAGCAGCCAACUUGUGUGGGGAAACUGAAACAGAUGCACUGAGGGAGCUGUUGCAUCAGUGGGUGGCGAGUGGUCCCAUCCCACAGGAGGAAGAUGUCCAAGUCCUCUCUUCAUUUCUCUGUGAUCUAAUCCAGGAGGGAGAGUUAGAGAAAACACUCCUCCUCCUCAAAAGGCUUCACAGGGAGGUGAGAAAACUGAAAGAGGAGAGACAGGCAAACUGUUGGAUUGAAGCUUAUUCAUGUAUUGUGUCGAGAGUUCAGGCCCAAUGCUUGGUGAAUUACAAUGCCACUCUAGAUUUAUCCGAAUGACCUCAUUCCUCUACAUCAAGUCAGGAUGACUGUUACUUGCAGACUUUCUUUUUUAAUCCAGAACUCCAUGCAUGAAGAUCUUUAGUGCUAAGUUUGUCAGCCUCCAAGGUGCUUUUCUUAUUAUGUUUUCUGAUUCCCAAGCCAUGUGUAUUGAGCUUGGAUUAAUGAUUGCAUUUGUGUGCCUUUGGCAAGAGUUUAUGAAAAUCCCUUCAAUCUACCUCCAUUUGCUUUCAGAAUGCCAA